CUCCAACCAACAGAUUGACAAGGCGCAGUAUGAGCACACCAUCGGCAUCGUAUGACGAAAUAUGCGAAAAGGGCAAAGAGGAAGCCGAACAACGCCUGAUCGAUCACUUCAAAGACAAUGGUGGCGAAGUGUGGAACAUUCGGUCGGGUUGCAUGGGAUGUAAAACGAACCCGAACAACGUGCCGCUCAAGACAUGCAGCCAAUGCAAAACCGCACUUUUCUGCAGCAAGGACUGUCAAAAGACUGCGUGGAAGACCCACAAGCACGAAUGUCUUGUCAUCUCGACCAUGUCCCACAACGAAGCAGACAACGCCGAGAUUUCCAGCAUCAUUACGUCGUGCCUGGAAACGUUCUCAUGGAGCCAUGAUAUUAAGACCACGUCGGAUCCUUUGUUGACCAAGGUCGCCAAGAGCAUCGGAUUGGACGGACCGAGCUACCCUGGAUGGUUCUGCACAGUCAACCUUGUCAACGUAUGUCGAGUUCUUCGUCUUUGGUCACGACGUUUUGACCUUGUAGCAUCCUGCGGCUCAAUCUGCGUACAUUCAAGCCAUCGUGAAGCUCUACUCACUCUUGCGCGACGAAGCGUGCUGGACUCGCGAUUCCGAUAGCUUUCCGCGCUCGUCCUACACAUUUGCCACAACUAUUCAAAAGACGUCCACGUGGCGAAGUCCAGCGCUAGCUGCGUUUGUCGCGGCGAACGGGCCGUUGGUAAUCUUCUCUGCGUGGCUGCAAGACCCCCAACCACCCGCGAUUCAGUCGGUGCCGUUUGAAAAGCGCAUGAUCUAUGGCUUGCUCGACUCGUUACUACAGAUUGAGGAGGUCCGCCUUGCGAUUGACGACUACAUGGACAACCUGCACGGCGAAAAGUAGAGUCGCGGCAGAGCAGCAUCGCGAUACAGCAUGCACCACAGCCUCGUGCAGAAGGAUGUUCACAACGAGGAUGGCGUGAGUCGACAUUGGUACUUCCUACAGCUGCUGGUUCGAUGGGGUGGUCAACUGCCGGCUUGCACCCCAACCAACGACUGCCGUCCUGCGGCAACCUCGAUAACAAAUCCAAACGUAACUUCAUUCAUGGUCA